CUAUGGUCUUGGUUCGCUGCUGUUGAUACGGACCGAUCUGGCGCGAUUACUGCUGUGGAGCUUGAGAGAGCGUUGAUUAAUGGAGAUUGGACUCCAUUUGAUUUGGACACUGUGAAACUUCUGAUGAGCAUGUUUGAUGUCGACCGCAGCGGCACGAUCGGGUUCAACGAGUUUUCUGGACUCUGGAAAUACAUCAAGGACUGGCAGAAUGUGUUCCGUCACUUUGACAGAGAUCGCUCGGGCUCCAUCGACCGCAACGAACUCCGAGAUGCUCUCCGUCAAUUCGGGUACAACCUCAGCCCACCCCUAAUCGAGCUCGUCCAAGCCAAAUACGCUUCCAAUGUCGCUAGCGCUUAUGGCCCUCCUCCUGGUAUCACCUUUGAUCGCUUCGUUCGCGCUUGUGUGGUGAUCAAGCAGCUGAGCGGGGCCUUCCAGGGUCUUGAUACGGAUAAUGAUGGAUGGGUGCAGAUUAAUUAUGAUCAGUUUAUGCAGACUGUUUUGUCGUUGCCUUGA